AUGAAGAACUUCGUACCAUUGGUGUUGAUCUGCUACAUAAGUUUAGUAGCAUUCAUCCUAAUAGAUGUUGGGGAGGCUAAUGACACAAAGGCGGUUUUACACAGAAAUAGGAGAUAUUUAUCGUUCCUGAAUAUGACUCGGUUUUAUCUUAAGUUCAACUUCAAAGCGAACAUAAUCCCGUGGAACCAACUGUUUGCCCAGGCUAUAGGGUUCCGUAUAAAUUGGGACGCUCCUCCGACUACUUUUCGAUCUUUUCAUAGGAUAUACCGAAGGGAUAUUUACGAUUUUGUUGAAUCGUUGUUGGACAGAAAUGGUCUGGACGGCUACCAUUGCCUGCGACGUGCCAUCUGUGAGAUGCAAAUGAUCUCAGAACCAAAUGUUAUCUACCACAAACUUCUGAAAAUAGUUUUUAGGAAAAUGUCUCCAGCAACGGAACGGUGGCACAAUAUUACUGAAUCAGACUGCAAUAUUUCAAUAAAUACCUGUCCCAUAUCAUUGCUAGAAGUUUCACCCUAUACCGAUCUUGUUUAAGUGUUAAAAUGUUAGUAGAAUUAAGUGUUGUUGACUUCGUUAUUAUAGUUUUAAUGAAAUUGUCGU